UCGCCCCGCUCUGACAGAGGCGAACUGUACGAGAGGGCGGAUCUGACAGUGUGCACAUCGGCCAACACUACAGCGCACUCAAUUUUAAAAACAACAACAACGGGAAGAUGGACUUUAGUUUACGUGAUGCCUUCACAGAUGGGGCACCUAAGGCAGCCCAGGACGGCUUGAUGAAGAGGGAUUUUGUGGCUGGGUUGGAAGCACAGAGCUUUGAUGAUAAAGUGGGCGAGACUGUUGGGAAGACAGACUAUCGCCCCCUUCUGGAUGGGAUGGAUGGGAAAAGAGAAGGGUCUGGGUUCAUGUCUGCAAGCCCUGGAGGUCUACGUCAUGACCCUCAGGGCGAGAUUCGUCCUAGCCCGCCUGGGCAGUACGUCUAUAAGAAUGACUUUCAGUCAGGCCCAGCUUCAAUGAUUGGAAUGCCAGUCCAAUUGGGAAAUCAGCAGAAGGAUAACAGCAUGGACUCUUUUCUGGGGUUCUCUCAGCCUGGAAUGAACAUUGGUAUGAAUAUGAAUGUGGGCAUGGCCCCUUUCCAGAGUUCCAAACCCCCCAGCAUGGGUGAACCUCAGAAGACCUCACCCUUGUUUGCCAAUGAACCACUCAAACCAUCGCAGAUAACCGCUAAUCCGAGUGAAACGAGUCCUCGUAUCAGCCAGGAAAACUCUGCAGAAGUUUGGGGAAGCCCUUGGAGAGGUGAGGAAAUGCUCUCUACGGAGCAGUCCCAUGCAUCCAGAAAGGCAGAACAGAGUCACACUGAUGCCUUGGGCUCCCAGAGUCAAGAUGCAGCAUCCGGAGAGGAGAAGUCCAUUGAGGAAGAAAGCGGGAAGCAGCAGAAACGAAAAAAGAAGAAACGCAAGAACAGGGAAGAAAUGUAUGAUCUUCUAGACAGUCUUGGUUCCCCUGACUCUGAAGAGACUCCUUCGGAAAGCUCAAACCAUGGCUGCCCCUCUCCUCCCUGUAAAGAUGAGGAGAUUUGGGAAAGUGAGUUCCUAGAGAGAGGGGGAGGACGCAUCAAGGCCAAGAAGAGUAAGAGCAGGAAGAAGCUUCCAGAGGAGUGGAGUGCUCCUCCAACUGUAAUGGGCAUGGACUUUAGUGACCCUAAUUUGGCUGUGUCAAAGCCCCAAUCCAGUGCUAGCAUAGAUCAGGAAAGUGCACCACCCUCACUCACACCUGACCCUCUGCACCUCACGAACACCCAAGCAUGUAGACCCCAACCAACCGGGCAGGCAAACAACUCCCCGUUUUACCUUGACUCUACUCCGAAUCCUAUAGAUGAUUCAUCUCUCAAGAUUAACAAGGCUAUGUUGGAUAAAGAUAAUUCACCUAAAGAUGAUAUGAGUAAGCCUAACCUAGGGUUGCCUGGUAUUCACCCUUCUGAUCAGUUACCGUUAAACUCUGCUUACCUAUCUGAUCCCAACCAGAAGUCAACCCUCAGUCCAACUCAGUCCGUAAUGUUCCUUGACUCUGUGCUCCAGGCUCAAACCCCAGAUGCAAGCCCCCCAUCCCAGAGUACCCCUGUGAAAACCCCCAUCCCUCACCCCACUUACCCACCGACCACUUCUAGUCUGACCCCCAGCCCACUGUCCAUUGGCACAGAUGUCCCUGCCCCUCAGAGUGCACCAGCUUUUAGUCACUCUUCCCCCAGCACUGCAGCAAGCUUAAACCCUGAGGCCACCCCCUUCGUCCCAUCACACACAGAGAAGCAGGAGUCUCCGCUGGCACAGCCCCCCCUACUGGAAGUGAAAGAAGAUAAGACAGCCAAGGACAAAAUGGAGAAGGUGGAACCUGCUCCAAAGGUGGACAACUUCCACACUAUUGAAAAGCAAGACAAGCCUGAGAAGAUGGAGAAGAUCGAUCACUUCGACAAGAAAGAAGACAUCUCUAAGAAAACAGACAGCAUGGAGAAGACUCAGAAGAGUGAGCAGAUCAUCAAAGAUGAGAAGAAGGUUGAGAAGGAGGAGAAGCAAGAUACUAAAGCUGAGAAAAAUGAGAAAGCAGACAAACCUGAGAAGACAAACAAGGAGAAAGAGGAGAAGAAAAACGAUGGAGAGAAAGUAAACAAGACAGUCAAAACUGAAAAGAAUGUGACGGCUGCAAAAACACCUGCGAAGUCUCCAACAGCUAACGGAAGCAAGGAGGUGACCAGUCCGGAUAGUAAGACUAAGCCUUCAGCUGCAUCAACCAAACAAAGCUCAGCGAGACCAAACUCGCUGUCCACUGGCGACAGUGCAGGUGCCACCAAACGCACCUCUCCCACCACCAACUCUGCCAAUAAAAAAAGCCCUAUUCCCAAGGCAACUACCCCCACUGCUGGCAGCAAGAAAACCCCCUCGUCUACUGUUGAGAAUAAGGCAAAGUCGUCUGAGACUGUUACAGCAAGCCAGCGUCGCCCUCCAGUGCCAAAGGCUAAAGCUGCUUCUGCUUCCAACUCUAAAAAUGGCACUAGCGCCCCAACAACCACCUCUGCCCGACGCUCCUCUGCUACAAAGAAUGAAAACCAAGCAGGCGAUGCAAAAAAGACAACUACAAAGACAACACCAGUUAAAGCAACCCCAAGGACAACCCGCACACCACCCUCUGCCACCAGCACAGCAGACACCAACGGGACCCCUCGCCCAUCCCGCAUCACCAAACCCCCUGUGCCCAAGCAGACUCCUCUAGAGAGGAAGCCUCCUGUGCCUCGAGCCCCCCGAAACAUCCGGGCCACCAACGCACCACUACCCGAUCUGAAAAAUGUGCGCUCCAAGAUCGGUUCCACUGAUAACAUGAAGUACCAGCCUGGAGGAGGCAAGGUCUCUGCAGCCCAGGGCAAGACCGAUGCUCUGCCAAAGACCAGCCAGGGCAAAGUUCAGAUCGUCCACAAAAAGCUGGACUUCAGCCAUAUCACCUCCCGAUGUGGCUCCAAGGACAAUAUCAAGCAUGUUCCAGGUGGAGGAAAUGUUCAGAUUUUAAAUAAGAAGGUUGACUUGAGCAAAGUGACCUCAAAAUGUGGAUCCAAGGACAACAUAAAGCACAAGCCAGGUGGUGGUGAUGUGAAGAUUGAAUCCCAUAAGGUUAACGCCAAGGCCAAGACCAAAAUGGGAUCAAUGGACAAUGUAGGACAUGAACCAGGAGACAACAAUUCAAAGGCUGAGGAGAAUCAGCAGAAAUCUGAAGGAAGUCCGUCUCCCCCUGCCAACUCUCUGCCUGUGCCGGCAGGUAAUGGGGCAAAGGAGAAUGGGCUGAAAGGUAGCACUCCUACUCCCGUACCUUCUUUUGGUGAAGGGCCCCGGGACUCCCAGGGCCUUGACAAGCGCAUCCCCGGGACAAAUUGAGUCCCACAAGCUGAACUUCCGCGAGAAUGCACGAGCUCGCACGGACCACGGCGCUAAAAUCAUCUCCUGGUCCCCCCUGAGUGACAGCCACCCCCACCCACAUCGCAGCACCUCUCUCAGUGUUUCUCUGGGGUCCGCCAUGUCCUCACACUCCACCCAGCUUGUCCCAUUCACUCGGCCAUGAGAUGGGUGCAAACCAGUGCACUAGCAGGAGAAGGACUCUUAUUUUAACACAGCCUGUCCCUUUAAAACCCAUUAGCAUCUCUUCUUGUUUACAUUUUUGUUUUAUUUCCUUUUCUGGGAGAUGAUGUUUUGAAAAAGCAUAGUUUCAGCGCACAUGUUCGACGCAGAGUUGUGGUAUGAGUCUAGAUUUGAGAUGAAUUCUCCAGAUGGUUGUCCAGCCACAUAGCCAUCUAUCCUAAAACUACAAUAUUUAGUCCAACAACACAAGAGUUAAUUUCUAGACUCCCUACAAUCCCAAAAAUAGACCUACAUUUUAGAGGCUACACCCAUCGGUUUGGCAGUAGACAUUCUCCAAUGGGAACCCCAGAACUCACUUGAGAUGUAGCUUAUUACAUCAUAUUAUGGCAGUAAUGCUCCCUGUAUUGUUAGUAUGUGGGGCUGUCUUAAAUCCCAGUCAAAAAGGGACGAACCAGCCACCAUCUAUUCAUCUGCUCCCUUUGCUCCACUGGUCCUGUCCACAUCACAUGAAUUAUAAACCCUGUCCUUUCCCCCAGUAUUUAAAUGAGCACUUAAUUAUUUGAAACCUAUAGGCUGUUCAAGCAAAAACAUAUUUACAUCUUCAAUGAGUUUGCUGUUUCGUGUUUGCGUGAAUUACUGUAACAAUGAGCUGUAUCAUUAUGAUGUCUAACCAUCUGAUUACAUCAUCCACUUUCCAGCAUCUUGUGAACUAAUAGGACACAAAAACACAUUACAUACAUUAUACAGCAUGAUACAAGAGGAGGAAAAGGCAGUGGCACGCAAACUAAACAGACAGGAUGGACAGGAAUGAAGAAAGAUGUCCGAAAGUUAGAAUGGAAAUGCGUUCACACUCCGUACACAGGUCAUGUUUAUUUGCUCAAAGGUUCGAACAUCCCUCAUUUUGAAUUGAGUAUUGUAUGUCAAGUGUCAAUGGACCCUUUUCACAUUUCUGGGUUUCUCAGUAGCGGAAAGCAGCAUGGUUGGGUAAACUUAGAGUGCAGUGAAUGGAAAAGUACAACAAAUAAUUUUUUACAAUCCUAUUUGCUGAAGUAAUAAACGAAAAACUCCACAAUGGUGUUAUCAAGACUUUCAGAAAAAGGAAAUAAAUAGUGUGAGACUAAUAACCACAGACAGAGGAGAACAUAAUGUCAAAUUUACUCUCAGCCCCUGUCACGAUCGGGUAAGAAUCAAGUCAAAAAGGAACCAAAUGCAAGUGAGAGUUUAUUAAUAUAAUAUAGAGUGCAACGAGUAAGUCAACAGAGUGUGAUAGCAGCAUGGAUGAAAGUCUUAGACACAGGAAUCACAACAGGAACAUCUUUCUGGCAUCCUUUCUAAAAAGCCGUUUGGAAACUCCAAGUGGACACAUGGUACCCGAAUUAUCAAAUUAGGCAUGGGACGAUUACCUUUUUCAAGUUAUACAGCGGUUUGAAAAAGUCAAGGUUUUAAAACCACCAAAAUGUUCUGCUUUACUGUUCCUAAUGUAUGUAUAAGAUUUUUUUAUUUAUAUAUAUUUGUUUAAGUUUUUUAGGACAUCAGUAUCUCCAGGAGAAAAUAUAUCCAAAGUUGCCGUUUUAAAUUGCAUAAAAUCUGUGUUUACUACUAACGAAGACAGCAGAAGUCAAUAAUUCAUUUGAAUUAUUUAGCCUGACAUGUUUACUGUUUUAUAAAUGCUUCUAAAAAUAAAUUAAAUUGUGUUCAAAGAGGGAAAAAAGUAUGUUUUUUACCCAGACAUUUAAAAAUACAUAUUUUAGAGCAGUAAUCACAAUACCAUCAAACCAUAUUUUUAUCCAAGGUUAUCAUACAGUCAAAAUCUCAUACUGGCCCAUGCCUUGACUAAAAUAGUCAAAAUUACAUGACACAUAAACGCAUAUCUAUUCAAAAUAUUAAAAAACUUUCAAGGAUUUAAUAUUUUGAUGAUAGUUAAACGCGUCAUAACAGACUUGUGAAAAGGGUCCAUUAAUGGAAGGCUUUUGCACUAAACAUGAACCAACAUGUGCAAAGGCUCAUCACAUGAACAGUAAAUAUAUCCAAAAUAAGUAUUGCAAUACAAUCCGUAUCCCUGUAUUUAUUUCGUGGCAAUUAUUAAGCUGUUCUAUAGAAGUUACUGUUUUUAAUCAAACAUAGUAGGAUAUGCUAUUUGGUUUCAUUACGAAGUGAUGUAUUAUUCACAAGGUUGUUGAAUAUCAUAGUUUUAAUCUCUCUGAACCUACUAUUGUUGGGCUGCUUUUUGAAACUGUUAACUAGUGACACUGUUUAUCAGUGAAUUUGUGGGCACUUUAUUGGUAGUAGAUAUACCUUUAGCUGCACAAUGCCUGCAGGAAAAAAAAGUAAACAGUUUGCUGUUGUUGGUUAAAAGCUUAUGUUUGUAUACAGGGUUUGAUUCACUUCUUGUUGUGAAAUAUUGACUUUUUCCUGGUAAAUUACUGUGACGUCAUGGUAGAUUAUUGAUGGUGGUAAUGUCGUGGCAUCAAAAAUCCCAUAUCAAACUGAACAAACCAGGAGGUAUUAAAUUAUGCAAGUAUCCUAUGAAAUAAUUAGCUCAUGAGCAUUCAGAAUGCACUUUAUGAUGGAUGUUUUAUACUACAAAUCGAGUUAUAUAUGACUGGUUGAGCGCCUUUCCCAAAAUUCUGUCCCCUGACAAAGAGCCCCAGUUACACAGAAAUGCAAAACUUGUAUCUCAUAGAGCAGUCUGUAAAUACAGUACGAGUGUGAGCAGUGUGUUUCAUGUAGAGCAGCUGUGCUUGGCUAAACGGUCCUGUCUGUAGUUCCUUUUGUGAUUAGCGUGUGCUGUUCAGGGGCUGUGCUAGUAAACCUCAGUGUUGUACUCUUGAUACAGUGAUCAUAACCUUUCAUGCCUUCAGACAGCUUUUUUUGUCAUUUCCAUAAUAAAUGAAAACUCACAGUGUUAGUACAUUCACACGUUCCCCCGCAUCGGUCCAUUUAAAGCAGUUUUGUAAAUACACGUUUCACACUUUAUACCCUGCCGGGGAAGAAAAAAAAAAAACACUUCUUGAUUGGGUUGUAUAGAGAAGCAAAGUGAAGAUUUUUGCGUCUAUGAAUAUUUCUCCAGACAGUAUUUUAUUCUUAAGUGAGUCUGCCUUUUUUUGAAGUAAAAAAAGGGCUGGCAAACAAGAAUGUUUUUAAAAUGUAAUGUAUUCAGGAAGCGAAGAAUAUAUAUUAUGUGUCUAACUUUUUCUCUUUGUCAUCACAGGUCACUUACUAAAUACAUUGUAAUCAAUAACAGGAGGAGUGUGAUUGAUUUUUGACUGUGGACGAAAAAAAAGAGGACUCUUGAGGAUGUCCUUUUGUCUGCAUAAGGCACAGCAUUCUGGUAAUGACUUGAGUAGCCUGAGACAGGACGCAGAAAGUGGGUUGAGAGGUUAUAAGUAGUCAAGCAACAACCACAGGAACAGCGAUUCCUCCCACAAACUGCACCUGACACAUAGACCUUGAAUGUUGUUGUUUGGAUAUCCAUGCCGCACGUCUGUAUGAGACUAACUGUAACUGGUAGGCUAAUUGGCAUGUUUAAAAGUAGAUAGAGCACUCCGAUUAGGCAGCAAAAGAGCCCCCUAGUGUGUCUGGUAGGACUCACAGUGUGUCUACUUCCUAUAGACCACGACAAAAGCGCAUGCUGACAACAAUGGACGACUGACGCCGGUCCUAAAUUGGAAUUAAUGUCUCCCCUCUUAUUUAAGAUGUAUUUUUUGGUAUGAAAGAGAUCAUUGUGAUUAAUUGUUAACUAGUGAUGUGGAUAUUUAAUCAUGAAUAAAUAAAUAAAUAAAAAACAAGCUAAAUCA